GGCCCGGCUCAGUUUACUUCGGCCCAUUUAUCGUGCUAUUCGAUUUAUAAUAUUGGAUCGCAAUAGCUCGGCGAAGGGGAAAAGGUUGGCUCGCUGCGAUCUCUCCGGUGCCCAAGCGAACCCCGCCGGCCGUCUCCAGUUUCGUCUGUGGUAUACUACUCAUCGGCAUCACGCCGCAUCAGCUGUAGCUGAAGAAGUUAGAUUGUUCAUGGAAGAGCAUAAAAAAAUGCAUGAAUCACUCGGAGGGGAUGCCCUGAGCGAGAUUACUAGUCCAUCUGCACAAUCUCACAGUAUUCGCCUGAGAUUAGAUUUGUCUAAAUAGAGGAUUUUUUUUAGGACAGCUUCUAUGGGUAGGAUCAGUGCCAUAGGAUCCUGGCGGCUUGGCUCUAUCAGACCAAAUCUGAUAAUUGAAGGAAUACCUACCAACGCCACUACACCAGCAGGAACUGAUGGUGAUCGAACAAGAGCUGUUGAUAUAAAUGAAAAUGAUGCUGUUGAUAUAAAUGAAAAUGAUCUGAGACCUGGUUCACUAUGUAGAAUGAGCACGAGGGGUUCUUGGCAGAGUUCAGUUAGUUUUUCCAGUGAGCAUGGGGACAAAGUCACACUGCCACAGGAAUUGGUGGAUAGAGUAGAUAGUUCAUUAGCUCAAGUGGGAUGUAGAGGGACUAGAAUUGACGAUAAGGAAAAUGAGGAUGGAUUGUUGACCUUUGCCGAUGAUGCAUUAAUAUUAUCAUUUGAUUCUCAGUCAAAGGUUAUCAGCUUGCCAUCAAACGUGACUCCGUUUUCAGAUGAAAUUGUGUCUCCUCUUCCAACUGAUCCAAUGAUGUCCACAAAGGGAAAUAAUCAAAUGUCAUGUACUGUAAGGCUUAUGGAUGCCUAGUUGCAAUUGAGUUGGAAGAAACAUGUUUAUCUGAGGCUGUGUAUUCUCUUGCAGGAUAAAUAAUACAAGCUUCCAUUUUUGCUGGACUACAUUUCAUACUUAAGCCAUUUGUCUGUCUUCGGAUUCGUGGAGUGAUGUUCUGAAUUUCUCUUGUAUGAUUUUUAAGAAUUUGCUGCAAUUUGGUCAGGGAAGUUGCGCCCUUUGUAAUGAGCAUUUAUCUUUUCAUUUUA